UAUCUAAUUAAAUCCACCAAAUCCGAUAAUAAAAACAGCUCAAUUAAUAGAUUUAAAAAUCAUCUGAUUUUUGCAUUAUGAUAUGUGCGCCAACUGUACUCUAAAACCACUAAAACUUGGCCAUGCUUUCUCUCAUUCAAAUCGAUUAUACAACAAGGAACUGCAAACUAAAAUACAGCAAAGAACUACAAGUAAGUUUCAUCUCUAUCGUUUACAAGUUUACUUAUUUUAAUCAUCCAUUUAAAAAAUUAAUCUUAAUUCGGAACUAAUAAAGUUAUUAUGCUUUUGACACAAGAAUAAACAUUAAGAUUAUAUUUUAGAAAUGAGCAGCCAAAAUACAGAAGGCGACGAAGAAGUUUCAGAAUUUUUUAGAAAUGUUCAAGAGAUAAGUGAAAAAGAAUUAUCCUCAUCGGAAGUAAUGGACAAACUAAAAACCUUGGAAGAUUCAGUUGGUCUUAUAUUACAACAACUUAAAAAAUUAGAAAAAUCAAACGAAGCACCAACAGGAUCAAUAUCAACAGCACCCCUGGCAAAUAUUUCAGAAGCACCAACAGGAUCUGCAUCAAAAGCACCAUUGGCAGUUGUGUCAGCACCCCUUGCAGUUAUUUCAGAAGCACCAUUGGCAUCAGUGUCAGCAACACAUUCUUCAGUUGCAACAGCAUCUUGGGAGAGUUUCCUUUUAUAUCGCUCCCAGCACCCAGGCCCAUUAUCACAGAGGGCCUUCUUCCGGUGGUGCCAAUAUGGGGGAGAUGAUCCCUUCUUUAGAUGGAGGAGACAGAUCCCAUAUGGGGCCACCGGUAGGAGGAGUGGUGCUGGGAGGCAGAAUGACCAAAGGUCAAACAUUAUGAAUUUUUAUCAGUAGUUUUUUUUUUUUUUUGUGUUAAUUUAUUUAUUUGUUGUAAAUAUAUCUUUACGUUUC